AGCAAUGUCGGUAUUUGAGGUUAAAUCGAAUAAUAAAAAAGCCAUGCUUCUGCAUUACAUGGGUGUUGAUUCAUACAAUUUAUUGUGUGAUCAUAUUUCUCCGGAAGAACCAGAAGACAAAACAUACGAACAAAUAGUGAAGUGUUUGGAUGAGCUGUUCGACCCGAAACCCCUCGAAAUGGUGGAACUAUGGAAGUUUCGUCAACGACUUCAGACUGAAGGCGAAACUGUAACGGAGUUCAUCACGGCUUUGCAAAAAGUGGCGGCUAAUUGUGAUUUCGGGCAAUAUUUGACAAAGGCGCUCAGGAACCAGCUAGUUUUUGGUGUACGGAAUCCAAGAAUACGCAACCGGCUGAUUGAAGAAAGAAAUCUAACACUGGAAAAAGCUAAGCAAAUUGCUUUAGCCAUGGAAGCCGCCGGAGAUGGCGCUGAAGUGCUGAAUAGCAGAAGUGCUGAAGUGCUGAAUAGCAGAGGUGCUGAAGUGAAAGAAGUAAACAUCGUGAGCAACACAACGAAGAAAAACGUCGAGUGUUAUAGAUGUGGAGAAUCACAUUUUGCAUAUGUAUGCAAGCACAAAAGAACCGUCUGCAAAAAGUGCGGGAAAAUUGGACAUUUGCAGCGCGUCUGUCGCACGAACAAUAGAAGCAAAAGUGUGAGGUUAAUUGACGAACAACAUCAAGACAGCGAGGAGAACGAAGAGAUUGCAUAGAAUACUGUGGAUACAGGAUCGACAAGUACGGUAUUCACAAAAUGAAGGAGAAAAUUACUGCCAUUCAACUAAUGCCAAAACCAAGAAACAAAGAUGAGGUAAGAGCUUUUGUAGGCCUUGUGAAUUAUUACGCGAGAUUUAUCCCAAAUUUAAGUGAAAAGAUCUAUCCCAUAAAUAAUUUACUUAAAAACGAAAUUCCUUUCGAAUGGCAUGAAGGUUGCCAGGACGCAUUUGAAUGGAUCAAAAAGGAAAUGCAAUCUGAACGGAUCUUGGUACACUACGAUCCUAGCUUACCAAUAGCUCUAGCAGUAGAUGCUUCGCCCUACGGAGUUGGCGCCGUUUUAAGUCACAUCUAUCCAGAUGGCAAAGAAUAUCCAAUUCAAUACGCAUCUCAAACACUAUCACCAACCCAACAAAGAUAUACUCAGGUGGAUAAAGAAGCAUAUGCGAUUAUUUUCGGAGUUAAAAAGUUUUACCGAUAUCUUUAUGGAAGAAAAUUUAUCUUAAUAACCGAUAACAAGCCAGUUUCUCAAAUUCUAUCACCACAGAAAGGUUUGCCAACGCUAUCAGCAACUCGCAUGCAACAUUACGCUGUAUUUCUAGAAUCAUUCAAUUUUGAGAUUAGAUAUCGACCAUCAAAAGAACACGGAAAUGCUGACGGAAUGUCACGAUUGCCAAUCCGAGACAUUCAGCUGGAGGAUACAGAAGAACCCGAUGAAAUUGAACUAAAUCAAAUAGAAAAUCUUCCCGUAUCAGUAGAAGAACUUAGUAAAGAGACUAGCAAAGACAUAAAUGUUCAAUUACUAAUAGACGGAUUAA